AUGGAGGCCGCUGGAGAGCGCUUUCCUAAACAAAGGCAAGUCCUGCUUCUAUUUCUCUUGCUGGGAGUGGCUCGGUCAGGCUGGGAACCGCGUCGUUAUUCUGUGCAGGAGGAAACAGACAGCGGCUCCUUUGUAGCCAACCUGGCCAAGGACCUCAAGCUGGGAGUUAGGGAACUAGCUGCACGGGAAGCCCGGGUGGUCUCUGAGGAUAACCAACAACGCUUACAUCUUGAUCUGCAGACCGGGGAGUUAAUAUUAAAUGAGAAAUUGGACCGAGAGGAGCUGUGCGGCCCUACUGAGCCCUGUGUAAUGCAUUUCCAAGUGUUACUGAAAAAACCAUUAGAAAUAUUUCGAGCUGAGCUCCUGGUGAGAGACAUAAAUGAUCAUUCUCCUGAGUUUCCUGAAAGAGAAAUGACCCUAAAAAUCUUAGAGAAUAGCCCUAAUGGGACUGUGUUUCCUCUUAAAAAAGCCCAAGACUUGGACGUAGGCAACAACAACGUUCAAAAUUACGUGAUCAGUCCCAACUCUCAUUUCCAUGUUUCUACACUCAAGCGGGGAGAUGGCAGGAAAUACCCUGAGCUAGUGCUGGACAAAGAGCUGGAUCAUGAGGAACGGCCCGAUUUCAGAAUAACAAUAACAGCUCUGGAUGGUGGCUCUCCAUCCAGAUCUGGCACAGCACAGAUCCACAUAGUGGUCCUGGACGUCAAUGACAAUGCUCCAGAGUUUUCUCAGAAGCUCUAUGACAUACAGGUCCCAGAGAACAGCCCCAUAGGCUCCCUAAUUGUCAAGGUCUCUGCUAGGGAUUUAGACACUGGGAUUAAUGGAGAAAUAUCAUACUCACUUUUUUAUAGUUCUCAGGAGAUUAGUAAAACUUUUGAGCUAAAUCAUCUUUCAGGAGAAGUUCGACUGAUUAAAAAAUUAGAUUUUGAGGCAAUAUCCUCAUAUGAGCUGGAUAUAGAGGCAUAUGAUGGUGGGGGACUUUCAGGAAAAUGCUCUGUCUCUAUUAAGGUGAUAGAUGUUAACGAUAAUUUUCCAGAACUAACUGUUUCAUCACUUAGCAGCCCUAUUCCUGAAAAUUCCCCAGAGACAGAAGUGGCACUGUUUAGGGUUCGAGAUCGAGACUCAGGGGACAAUGGAAAGAUGAUUUGCUCCAUCCAGGAUGACCUCCCAUUUCUUCUGAAACCAUCUGCAGAGAAUUUCUACACUCUGAUAACAGAAGGGGCAUUGGACAGAGAGAGCAGAGCUGAGUAUAAUGUUACCAUCACCGUUACUGAUUUGGGGUUCCCAAAACUGAAAACCGAGCACAUAAUAACAGUAUUGGUCUCCGAUGUCAAUGAUAACGCACCUACUUUCACUCAAACCUCCUACACGCUGUUCAUACGCGAGAACAACAGUCCUGCCCUAAACAUGGGCAGUGUCACAGCCACAGACAGAGAUUCUGGCACCAAUGCCCAAGUCACCUACUCUCUGCUGCCGUCCCACGACCCGCACCUCCCCCUCGCCUCCUUGGUCUCCAUCAACUCGGAUAACGGCCAGCUGUUCGCGCUUAGGUCUCUGGAUUACGAGGUCCUGCGAACCUUCGAAUUUCGCGUGGGUGCGACGGACGCAGGCACCCCAGCGCUGAGCAGCGAGGCGCUGGUGCGCGUGGUGGUGCUGGAUGACAACGACAAUUCGCCUUUCGUACUGUAUCCAUUGCAGAACGGUUCUGCUCCCUGCACUGAGCUGGUGCCCAGGGCGGCCGAGGCGGGCUACCUGGUGACCAAGGUGGUGGCGGUGGACAGCGACUCAGGCCAGAACGCCUGGCUGUCCUACCAUCUGCUCAAGGCCACGGAACCCGGACUGUUCAGCGUGUGGGCGCACAAUGGCGAAGUGCGCACCGCCAGGCUUCUGAGCGAGCGCGACGCGGCCAAGCACAGACUGGUUGUGCUCGUUAAGGACAAUGGCGAUUCACCAAUGUCGGUCACCGUCACGCUGCACGUGCUCCUGGUGGACGGCUUCUCUCAGCCUUACCUGCCGCUUCCCGAGGUUUCCGCAGAGGAGGCCCCGGCCCAUUCGCUCACCAUCUACUUGGUCAUUGCGCUGGCAUCUGUUUCGUUCCUCUUCCUGUUCUCUGUGCUCCUGUUCGUCGCAAUGAGGCUGUGCAGCAGAAACAGGGCUAGGGCCGCCUGGGUUGGUCGCUGCUCGGUGCCCGAGGGCCACUUUCCGGACCACUUGGUGGACUUGAGCGGCACCGGUACUCUGUCCCAGAGCUACCAGUACGAAGUGUGCCUGACGGGAAACUCUAGGAGUAAUGAAUUAAAAUUCUUGAAGCCUGCCUUCCCAAAUCUUCUAGCCCAGGAUCCUGAGAGGGAAACAGAGGGAAAUCCCAACUUUCCGAAAAGUUUAGGUAUCUGA